ACAGCGACUCGUAUUGGCAUCUAUUUCAUACGUUGAUGUUCAAACGAAGAGGUCGUUGAAAAGUUCCUGCUCUGUACGAACAUGGCAGACUGCCAUUGGCAGAUAGCAGUUUUGCGGUUUCGCACUCGUCGCGACUGCAAAAGUUUUAAUGUUGAAGAACGAAGGAUAUGAGCCGUAGUACUUCUAUUAGAACGAAUGUGUGCAUGCUGCAAAGAAGAAAAUCGAAACGUUCGAAGUUUCUUCAAAUUGAUCUUUAACGGUUACGGUUCGAUCGAAAAAGAAUACAGGAAAUGGAUGGAACUAGAGCGGCCGAUGUUUUACCAUUGCUUCAAGAACGUCUGGCCAUAUUACCGGGUGGUCGAGAUCGAAGAGGCGGACCAGUACUUAUCUUUCCUACAACUCCUAGGCGAGAACGUGCAAAACCUGAAGAUUAUCGUCGCUUGUUACAAUACCUUUUGACUGUACCCAGCGAAGAGGCGAGGGGUUUACGUUUCACAGUGAUUGUGGACAUGCGUGGUGCUACUUGGGACUCUGUAAAGCCCAUUCUCAAGGUGUUGCACGAGCACUUUCAUCGAUCAGUUUACGUCGCCUUUAUUAUAAAACCAGAAAAUUUUUGGCAAAAGCAGCGAACCACCUUGGCUAAACAGAAGAAAUAUAAUUUUGAGAUAAACACCAUAAGUUUAGAGGCUCUAGGGAAAGCGAUAGACCCGUCGCAGUUGACUGCGGAUUUGGACGGAUCCUUGCAAUACGACCAUGCCCAGUGGAUCGAUACGCGACUCGUAGUAGAAGACUUUACGUGGCAAGCAGCGGAUCUUCUCGAUCGAUUGGAUGAUCUACAAGAAGAUUUGAGUCGUAACGAUUUUGCGGAUGACGUGGCUGGAGCUAAACACGGAAUCGAUUUACACAAUGAAAUGAAAAAGAAAAUUAUGAAAGUUCCGGUGGAAGAAAUCGAAGUCGUUGGUCAACGGCUACUGCAACGUUUCGAUAACAGUAUGGCCACGACUAGUAGCGAAGGGGGUAGCAUCGAGAGCGGUGCCAUUGGCGGUACUGAUUCCGAUGGACGAGCGGCAGCCUUGGUUAUUCAGCACUUGGAUUCCGUGCACGCGGCGCAGCAACAUCUGCUGCAAUUGUGGCAUAUUAAAAAAAUGAAGCUGGAUCAAUGUUUCCAGCUGAGACUUUUCGAACAAGAUUGCGAAAAGAUGUUUGAUUGGAUUUGUCACAACAGAGAAGGAUUUCUGGCAAAUUACGUCGAGAUUGGUCGAUCUUAUCAGCUAGCCAAGAAUUUGCAGGAGGAACAUAAGCACUUUACGAUGAGUUCGAUGAACGUUUACGUGAACGUUAAUAAAAUUCUGACGAUGGCCAGUCGUCUGCUAGAAACGCAACAUUACGCUGCCGGGCACGUUAGAGCGGUGGCCGGUCGACUGGAUCGAGCUUGGAAAGAGUUCGCUGCGGGUCUCGACGAGCGAACCGCGGUUCUUAGUUUGAGCGUUGUUUUCCAUCAUAAGGCCGAGCAGUAUGUCGACAGCGUUGCGGGAUGGAGUCAAGCUUGCGACGCUGGAAAUUUGCCUAACGAAAUACCGAUCUUAGAAUCCCAUAUACGACAACAUCAGUCGCUUUACGAGGCGAUGUGUCAAGCUUAUACAGAGGUAUACGAUGCGUAUCAAGCGCUUUUGAGCGGACUAGGCUCGAUGCUGCAAGUUUGUCACAGCUUGAGUUCGAUACGCGGUCCAAACUCGGAUACAUUUUGCAUCGAUUAUGUACAUAGUACCAGUAAGAAGCUUCUUUAUCAACUGGAUCAUCUCGUGCAAGUCUGUAACCAACCACAAGGAAUAGACCAUACAGCCAGAAAACAUAGCCAAGAUGGGCAUGGAAUUGACGGACAUUCCGGUAUGAGCGGAAAUCCAGCUGCGGACUACAGCGAGGGCGCGUCGCACGUGUUGGCGGUUAUUCAUCAAAUCCUGGGUCAUCACAGGGCACUGGAAGCUCGUUGGCACGCUCGAAAAGUGAAAUUGCAUCAACGUCUGGCUUUAAGGUUGUUUCAAGAAGAUGUGAAGCAAGUUUUGGAUUGGUUGACGAAUCAUGGCGAAGUAUUCAUUCGGAAAAACACGGGAGUAGGUCGGAAUCUUCAAAAGGCUAGAGUAUAUCAAAAGAGCCACGAGCAUUUCGAGAACGUCGCACAGAACACGUACACGAACGCUACCAAGUUGCUUACCGCCGCUCAAGAAUUAGCGCACACGGGAGAAUGCGCUGCUGAUGAGAUAUACACAGUUGCGCAGGAACUGGAAGCGCACGUUAGCAGUUUCGCGGCUCGGGUUGAACAGCGCCGACGAAGACUGGACCUGGCGGUUGUAUUUUAUACUCACGAGAAAGAGUUGAGCGGUUGGGUGGACGAACUGCGACAAGAGUUGCAGCAGGAUGAAGUGGCGGAGAAUCUAGAGACAGCAGAAAGGCUAUUAGAUCAGUGUGCGCAACAUAGGGCAUCCUGCUUGGAAGCUUGCACGUCUACCAUUGUGCAAGGCGAGGCGUUGCUGCGAGAGCUUCGAGAAUCUACCGAUGCCCCUGACAGUACUGGUUCGAUCACUGCGGUGGAAGCUGCGCUCGACAGGCUGGCUGGUUUGAGACAGGAAUUGGAAGAUUUAUGGGCUACCAGGAAACUGAGACUCGAGCUUUGUUUGCGAUUACGCGUUUUCGAAAGGGACGCUCUGGAAGCGAGCGGUCAGUUGGAAAUGUGGGCUCAAGAACUGCAAGGACCACCUCGAGAAGGAUCACCGGAGCAACUGUUACGCGUGCACAACGAUGGCGUUGCUCACAUGCAGAACACUGCUUUUCAGGUUCUACAACAAGGCCAAGAACUCGCCCAAGUACUGGAACAAUCUGGAGUAUGUAUAAUGGCAGAUGGUCAGCACAGCGCCGCAUCUAGAGUUCAAGUGCUACUCGAGUUUUUGAACGAAAGGGAAAUGGAUGCGGAAGAUUUGGCGGAAAUGCGGAGAGUUCGCCUAGAACAGGCUUCGCAAUUGGUACAGUUGCAAACGGACGCCACUCACGUAGCCAAUUGGAUUCGUAACGGAGAGGCGAUGCUGUUGGCUUCGUUGAGAGUUCCAGAGAACUUGCAAGACGCUGACCAACUUCGUUUAGAACACGAACAGUUUCAAGUUGCUAUAGAAAAAACUCAUACCUCGGCUGUUCAAGUGAAGCACAGAGCAGACGCUUUGGUGAGCGCGAAUCAUUACGAUCCGAAGAGUAUAAGAGAGGUUGCUGAAGAUGUAACCAAGAGAUGGCAACAGUUGGUCACGUGCGCCGAGGAGAGACACAAAUUAGUGACAGCUAGUAUAAAUUUUUACAAAACCGCGGAACAAGUACGUUCUGUAUUAGAUAGCCUUGAACGCGAAUACAAAAGAGACGAAGAUUGGUGUGCGUCUGGAGAAAAAGCCGCGCAAGUGCCAACACUGGUUGGUAAACACCAGGAACAGAAAGAAGCAUUUUUGAAAGCGUGUACUUUGGUGCGGCGAACUGCGGAAACAUUCCUGAAAUAUACGAAUCGCAGCCUACAAUUUUAUAGUUAUCAGUCGAACAGUGCUGGUUCCGAGAAUAAGGUUAAAAAUAUUUUGGACGAAUUACUCAGUAAAGAGAAUCGAGUUCUCGAGUAUUGGACGCAACGUAAAAAGCGAUUAGAUCAGUGUCAUCAGUACGUCCUUUUCGAGCGCAGCGCUAAACAAGCUCUAGAGUGGAUUCGAGAAACAGGCGAAUUAUAUUUAGCCACGCAUACUAACGUUGGUAAAAAUCGUAUCGAAAAUGAACAAUUAUUACGCGAACACAAUGAAUUUAAGGGAGCUGCGAAGGAAACAAGGGAAAGAGUAAAACUGUUGAUUCAACUUGCCGAUAAUUUAGUCGAAAAGGGUCACGCUCACGCGACAGCGAUCAAGCAAUCUGUUGCCGAAGUUGAUCAACGUUACAAGGAUUUCAGCACGCGGAUGGAUUGCUACAAAACACAAAUCGAGGAUGAUUUAGGAAUUCAAUCGGACGAUGGUCAGAAAGAUUUGUCUAUCGAUCGUAAUUCUGAUCCCUUACUCGAAGAGAAGAUCAAAGGGAAAGAUCUUAAGGAAUUAAACGAAGAAAAGAGACGAUCAGCACGGCGAAAGGAAUUCAUAAUGGCUGAAUUGCUCCAAACGGAACGUACCUACGUGAAAGAUUUAGAAACUUGUAUUCGUUGCUUUUUGGAAGAGACACGAUGCGGUAAAGGAAACGUUCCGGCAGGAUUACAAGGUCGGGAAUCGAUCAUCUUUAGCAAUAUGGAAGAGAUCCAUCAGUUUCAUAGCAAUAUAUUUCUUCGUGAAUUGGAAAAAUACGAGACCAUGCCGGAGGAUGUUGGACAUUGCUUUGUUACUUGGGCCCCGAAGUUUGACAUGUACGUAACAUAUUGUAAAAAUAAGCCCGAAAGUAAUCAGUUUCUAGUUGCUCAUGGUGGUACCUGGUUUGAGGAAUUGCAAAGAAAGCACCGCGUCGAGCAUCCUAUUGCCGCAUAUCUAAUCAAACCCGUACAAAGAAUUACCAAGUACCAGCUGCUUCUGAAAGAUCUUCAGGCUUGUUGCCAAGAGGGACAGGGCGAGAUAAAAGAUGGUCUGGAAGUGAUGUUAAAUGUGCCUAAGAAAGCAAACGAUGCCUUACACUUGAGCAUGCUGGAAGGCUGCGACGUAAGAAUAGACACCCUUGGCGACGUAGUUCUGCAAGACUCGUUCACGGUAUGGGACCCGAAGCAAUUGAUUAGAAAGGGUAGAGACCGGCACAUAUUUCUGUUCGAGUUGUAUCUUUUGUUUAGCAAAGAAGUGAAAGAUUCCGCUGGCAAGGUGAAGUAUAUUUACAAAAGCCGUUUGAUGACCUCCGAAUUGGGAGUAACGGAGCAUAUCGAGGGGGACGAAUGCAAAUUCGCGGUGUGGACGGGACGAGCACCGACCAGCGAUACACGCGUGGUUCUUCGUGCCAAUUCUAUGGAUGCCAAACAAUUAUGGGUGAAGAGAUUACGCGAGGUUAUACAGGAAACGUAUUUCAGUUUGAGUAUGCCGAAAAGUCCUGCUAAAAAGAGUUCGAGUCAGCGUUCAAGCAGAGAUCUCGAAGAGUGUGCUUCUCUGGACGACAGCGUCGAGAAUUUGGAUAGAAAUUCCUUGGCUUCUUUCGGAUCCACAAACACCACGGACUCGGACAAGACUGGCGUAGCCGAAGUAACUUGGGUUAUCGCGGAUCACUCGGCGGCACCUGGCUCGAGGGAGUUGACGGUAACGAAAGGUCAACAAGUAGAAGUAUUGGAAAAUGGAAGUAACAUUAGCGGUGUGAACGCAACAGAAUGGACCCAUGUGCGUUUACUGGUUGCGCCAGGGCAAGCUGAACCUCCGCCAGAGGGAUUGGUGCCUACCAGUGCACUGAAACAGCCACCGCCAGCUUCCAAUAAGACUUCACAACAGCAGCAGCAGCAGCAGCAGCAGCAACAACAACAACAACAACAACAACAACAGCAGCAGCAGCAGCAACAGCAGCAACAUCAUCACCAUCAUCAUUAUCAUCAACACCAGCAGCAUCAUCAACAAUCGGGCAAUCAAAGUCAAACUGUUUCUAGUCCCGGCAGUAUUGCGAUACCUGUAUCGUCAUCGUCUAUCACUGGAAUUGGAUUAACGCCGUCGUCUACAGCGACAGUCGUAACGUCUGGCGUAACUUCCGCCGGAGUGGCCAGUCAAAAUGCGGUUGCCGCUACACUGUCAGACGAUGUAGAAAAUGUUGCGAGCGAUGGAAGUGGUACCGCCAAUACAAGUUCUCCCGGAAACAAGAGACGCGUCUUCAGCGGGCGAAAGUGGCUACCUCCGCCAUUGCGUAAACUCAGCCAUGGUAAGGUUGAGAAAUCAACUAACGUCACACCGUCAGCGUCGGCAUCGGCAUCGCCGUCGACCACGGUCGCACUUGCACCUUCGGCUGACCGUUCAAACGCAAAGAAAAACGUUUCGGAAAAACGCUUCAAGUUACCUAGCGGUGCAGAUCAGACGCGGACGUCGAGAUCCGCCACGCCGAUAUCUCUGGCAUCUGCGGCCACAUCGAUGCACGUCUCCACUUCGGUUUCCGACGUAGACAUUCAAGCCGAAGUCGACGCCGAUGAAGACGAAGAGGGAGAAAAUGAACAAUCCUCCGAGCUGGAAAAGGGUACACCAGAGCCCGACGACGCCGAGGCUUUGACUUAUUCGGAACAAAACGGCGCAGACGACGUCGAGGACGAUUUGGAACUUCCACCGCCCAUGAAACCUAUCACUGAUUCAAUUUUGGUGGGAACGACAAAUGGAUCUUCUGGAACUGCGAUUCCAACGGAAAGCUGUGGAAAAUCUCGCGCGUCCGAGCGGUCCACAAAGAUUUUGGACGGCGCUACAACGGUCGAUUUAGCUGAAAUCGAACAAAUCGUCAAGGAGAGAAUGGAACAACAUACGGAGAAUCAAGAGAGACAAAGUCUUCUGCGAACACCCAGCGGUAAGAGUUCGGGUAUUGGUGUGGUCGACGAGGAUGUUUACAACGACGAUUCGGUGUCCGCGACAGAGGCUGUUACCCCCUCUACGGCGACAGUAGCUACGGCCGCAGCAGCUGCAGCACCCACGACGGCUACGAUGACAUCAACGGCGGCGGGUUCGACGACAACCAGUGAUCCGACUCGCGUAUCUACAGAGGAGUCCGAAGCUGAGAGCAAGAUUCUGGCAAAGCGGCAGUUCGUGAUACGAGAACUAGUGGACACGGAAAAGGAUUACGUGAACGAUCUCGGAGAAAUAGUCGACGGUUAUAUGUCGUUGAUGCGAGACGCCGAAUGUGAAAUUCCUCUGCCAGAAGAUUUGCGUGGUGGAAAAGAUAAAAUGGUGUUUGGCAACAUAGAAGCAAUCUACGAGUGGCACAGAGACUUCUUCUUGAAAGCGUUGGAACGUUGCCUGGAACGGCCAGAAGAACUUGGCCCACUUUUCAAAAGAUACGAAAGGAAGUUACACAUGUAUGUUGUUUAUUGCCAGAACAAACCUGUUUCCGAGUACAUUGUUUCCGAGUACAUCGACACAUACUUCGAGGAACUAAGACAGAAGCUUGGUCAUCGAUUGCAGCUGUGCGAUCUUUUAAUAAAACCCGUACAAAGAAUCACCAAGUACCAGCUUCUUCUUAAAGACGCGUUGAGGCUUACCGAACGAACACAAAGGAACUCGGAAAUCGAAGCUCUGAGUGCCGCGGUUCAUGUGAUGCGAGUAAUUCCAAAGGCGGCCAACGACAUGAUGGACGUAGGAAGAUUGCAAGGUUUCGACGGAAAGAUCACGGCACAGGGAAAGUUGUUGCUACACGGUCCUCUUCUGGUAUCGGAGCUGUCGAAUCUCUCCAGUAGAGGAAGGGAGUGGCAGGUUUUUCUGUUCGAGCAAAACAUCAUUUUUAGCGAGGCUGUUGGCAAAAAGACACAGUUUACAAAUCCAGCCUACAUUUAUAAAGCUCAUAUUCAGGUGAAUAAAAUGAGUCUGGAAGAAUGCUACGACGACCCGGAAAAGUUUGAGAUUCGAUCAACGGACCGUCGGAAACCUAGCCUCAGAUUCUUUUGCAGUGCCCUCGAGGAAAAUGGGCCACGAAAGCAGGAAUGGGUAGAAACGAUCACUGCCAUCCUGCAGACCCAACGCGACUUUCUCAAGGCGAUACAGUCGCCGAUUGCCUACCAAAAGGAACUUACCAAAGAUCCACUUCGUGGCGUGAGUCCGGAAUCUCCGUGUCGAGGAAGCGUUCUUUCAUCGGUUUCAUCGACGAUACCGCCUCAGUGUACGGCGAAAACAACGGAGGAAGAAAAGAACCAAGUCUCUGCUGUUUCUGUCUCUCCGUCUGUUUCUGGUGCGAAAACAUUGGUAGCGGCGAUAAUGACAUCCGCAGCGACAGCGACAGCAACCGCAACAGCAACAGCAGCAGCAGCAACCACGACAACCACGCUUCUACAACGAUCUCGUGGCAGCGGCUUGACCGACGAAUCUUCGCGGACGCCGAGUCCCACCAAGAGCAGACUACAUUUUCUCGAAGGCUUUAGAAGCACGCUACGACCACGAUCGCCUGUUCGCAACAAUUCUAUUCCGAUCGUUCCAGGUAGCAGAGUGAGGUUGACCGCGGAUUGGGGAAAGUUGCAUGCUGGAGAAGAGCUGGAGAUCUUUCGAUUGGAUGGUCCAGGCUUGAUCGUGUCUCCAGUGGUCGGAAAGAAGGAAGAAUUUUGGAUUCCGGCGAGUCUUGUUCCGAAUUCGUCUAUCAGCCGCGCAUGGUCUUUUCGUCCGCGAAGAAUCGAUUCCGACGGAGAGAAUGUCCAUGUUCCGCGAGAAGUGGCCGCGGAAGAAAACGGUCCUCCCGCGAUCUUGACUAUUCCGUGUUCGAUCAGGGCGACGGCCGGUGGCGUGGCUCGACUUGUACUGGAAGUUCGUCACGCGGAACGAGCGAUUGUUUCUUGGAAAAAGGAGGGACAACGAUGCGACAUCGAGAGAAGCGAGCGAUAUCGACUUUUUCAAACGGCCGAUUCUCUUUCUCUCGAAAUUGUUCCUUGCCUGCCCUCCGAUUCCGGAAUUUACCAUUGCCGCGUCGACCACGAAACCGGUUCUUGUUCGGCGAAAAUUCCUCUCCGCGUUGUGGGUAUUGGACCAAACACUUGGAAUGUCGCGAACGAAAACAUCUCCCCCUCUCAGUCCGCUGACUCGGCCGACAACGAGUCGUCGAUGAUCCUCGACGAUGCCAUGCUCGUCCAUCCCGUAAAGAGUUCAUCCUCGAACAACGCGGAGACGAUGGGUCGGGAAGCAACAGCGGUGGAUGCAGCAUGGUUCACCGAGACGUACGUAGAUCUAAAAGAAGUAGGACACGGUAGGUUUGCGAAAGUUUACCGAGCGAAGGAUCAAGGAACAGGUCGGAAAGUGGCGCUCAAACAAAUAUCUCGACUGAAGCAGUCGCGCUUCUUGACGCGAGCAGAGUACGAUCUGCUGCGAGUCUCUCGUCACGACAACAUCGUCCGAGCGUAUGCUUUGUUCGAGGAGGUGCCCCAACCGGACACCGAUACCAUAGUUUUAGAGCUAGUGAACGGUCCGACGUUGUUCGCGUAUCUGGCUGGUAAGGACGAAUACACGGAGGGAACCGUUUCGAAGUAUACCGGUCAGUUGUUGUCGGCGCUAUGGUGGUUACAUUCGCGAAAACGAGCUCAUUUGGACUUGAAACCGGAAAACGUUCUAACCGAUCGAGACAAAGAUGCCAUCAAGUUGAUCGAUUUCGGCGAAGCUGUAAGAACAGCGCCGUUGGACCAUGUGGUUCCUCCGGUCGAUUUGGAAUUUGCGGCUCCAGAAUCUGUCCUUGGCAAACCGAUGGGCCCUUAUACGGAUAUGUGGGCUGCUGGAGUUUUCAUUUACGUGCUUUUAAGUGGACUCUCGCCGUUUUUGGAUGACUCUAUCGAGGAGACUACCACGAACAUACUGAAAUGUGACUUUUGUUUCCCCGAAGAGUAUUUCAUCAAAAUAUCGAGUGACGCGAAAGAUCUUCUCAGAGGGUUGUUGUGUUUGCGCGGAGAAGAAAGAGCAACUGCCCGAGCCUGUUUGUCGUCGCCUUGGUUUCAGGUAUCUAACGGCACGAUAAUCCCUUCUUCUCGAAUGGCCGCGUUCAUCGAACGACGCGCGCAUCGCUCGAAAUCUCGUCAGGAUAGGAAUAGUAGCUUUUACUCGUGAAGCUAAGCGAUUCUCCCAAAACACACUAUAUAUUUAUUAAUGGACAACAUUACAAGUUUUUCGUCCAAUAUCCAGGCCGACUGUAAAUAAAUCGGAACUUGCACUGUCGCGUUCGCGAGCAUUCGGUAUUGCUAUCGCAUGCAAUACGUAUCUGAAUGUGUAUGUGGUAUGUGGUAUGUGGUAUGUGGUAUGCGGUGUGCGGUAUGUAGUAUGCGUAUGCGUAUGCGUAUGUGUGCAUUAAACCAAGUUCCUCAAAUUUUUCUGCUAUACGAAAUGAAGCGAGCAUCGACUAUUCGUUUACGCGUGAAAGGUAGUUCCAUUAACGCGCAAAGUUAUUGGGUAGAUUGCGUGUUGUAAUACGGAUACCAAGUUAUCCGCUCCGAUGAAACGGCUCGGUUUCGUGAAAUUUCAUAUAGUAGGAAAUUUUGAAGGGUCGGUGUAACGCAGAAACGUACGUGAACGCGAACAAUGUACUUAGCCGGUAAUUUUGUUAGUCAAAUCAUUUUUGUAUCUCGAUUCUCGAUUCCCGUCUAUCGCUGUACAAACGGCGAAUCGCGGAAGAUGACAUGUCGCGACAAUGACGAGUCGAAAUAAACAACA